UAGCGUUAUCGGACAUUUUGCUUUGCAUUUUCGCAGUUCCUUUUACACCUUUGUACUCUUUCCGAGGCUCAUGGAGCUGGGGAUCGCUUUUGUGUCACAUAAUGCCUUUCGCACAAGGGUGCAGCGUAUACAUAUCCACAUUGACUCUAAUGUCUAUUGCUAUUGAUAGGUUCUUUGUAAUCAUUUACCCCUUUAGGCCGAGGAUGAAAAUUGAGACUUGCAUCACGGUCAUCAUAAUGAUAUGGACCUUCUCUGUGACCGUUACCAUGCCAUAUGCUAUUUUUAUGACGUACUACGACUUGGACAUUGGCAGAUUCUGCGAAGAGACAUGGCCCACGGAGGAGUUGAGGCAAAUAUUCGGAUCCGUCACGUCGUUUUUGCAAUUCGGGCUACCGUUUAUCGUAAUUGCUUUCUGCUACACGUGUGUCAGCUUCAAAUUGAAUGACAGGGCGAAAGCAAAGGCCGCCAGCAAAAACUCGCGAAAAGAGGAGUUAGAUAAAAAUCGAAAACGGCGCACGAAUCAAAUGCUGAUCGCUAUGGUGCUCAUUUUUGGUAUUUCCUGGUUGCCUUUGAACGUGAUCAACCUCUGCAACGAUUAUUACGUGUACGCUAUUCAUCUGAGGUACUACUUUGUGAUAUUCUUCACGGGGCACGUGAUCGCUAUGUCUUCGACGUGUUACAACCCCUUCCUUUACGCAUGGAUGAACGAAAACUUCAGGAAGGAGUUCAAGCAACUGAUUCCGUGUAUCGAUAACACUUCUCAGUUGAGGGGUAACAUUCAGCUGGAACAGCUAGGAGUGGGGCAAUCGGAGAAGACUUUCAAUGGUAAUACGACCACUGAUAGCUACUUGUCCAGCUCCCAAAGGGCUACUUCGUUCAGGCUCAAGAGGAAGCCGAGUGCCGCAGCCGAUGUGGAGAAGAGUGGUGUGGAGCUGAAUGAGGACUUGCUGACUGUGGACGUGAAGCAUUGCCAUAUCUCCACCAGCUACAACUUGAGGAGGGAAUCGGUCAAACUGAGGCUGAUCAACGAGGAGUCAUUCGACGGGACACCGACGCAAAGUCAAUUCUAA